GAAAUGGACUAAAUCCACUGUCCAUCCCAGCAUGUGUUGCUAAUAUCUCUGCUUCUAUUCUAUUCCUCUCGAAGUUUCUGUGGUUCAUAGCAUAGCUACAACUGGAGCCCGUUGCGAAGCGCUUCUGAAUUUCAGCCAUGGACGACGAUUUCGAGUUCGGCGACAAGGUUCCGCCGUCCGUCCAUCGCAUGGGGAAGGUGAUUAGAGAUGCAGACGCUGGAGGAUUCAAUCCAGGACUUGUCGUGCUGCUCGUCGUCGGGGGGCUGCUCUUGGCUUUUCUCGUAGGGAAUUACGCACUGUAUGUUUAUGCGCAGAAGACCCUCCCUCCCAAAAAGAAGAAACCAGUUUCCAAGAAGAAGAUGAAGAGGGAGAGAUUGAAACAAGGUAUCUCUGCACCUGGAGAGUAGUAUAGUGGUAGUAGACAAGUAGUAGUAGUAAACUUUUCUCUUAUCCGCUGUGUUCCUUGAACUAACAAGUUCUCCAGAGUUGUUUUACUUUUUGUUCUACGUUCCUGCGGUUGGUUUAGAAUCGCGUAGUGAUGAGAAAAUAAGAAGAUAGUUUAUGUGGUAUAUUUUGCUUCAA